CUCAUCAUUUAAUCAAAGCCCAUGCCAUUUUAUUAAACCUCCCACAUAAAUCCGACCGGCCCCUUCACUCCAUCCAUCAAUCGAUCCAUAUAUAUAUAUAUAUCACUCUCUCUUCCAUAGCCUUCUCUGCUUCAAUCUAAUUUUGUGUCCGUGGGAUUCAGUGCCUCUGCCAGUGCCAGUCUCCAGCUUGAUCACAAUCAACCUGCAGCGUCGUCAUGGACACAGAAGUGAGCAUUGAAAGGGCAGAGUUUGUGGACUGGCGAGGGAAGAGGGCUAGCGCCAAGAAGCACGGCGGAGUUAGAGCUGCCGCCUUCACCUGCGCGGUGGAGGUGAUGGAGAACUUGGUCUUCUUGUCCAACGCAACGAACUUUAUAUCGUACUUCACGCACUCAAUGCACUACCCGAUCGCGGAGGCCGCGAACAUGACGACCAAUUUCAUGGGCACGGCUUUUUUGUUCCCCUUGUUCGGGGGAUUUAUCGGCGACGCUUUCCUCACGAGGUUUAAGACGUUCGUGCUGUUCUGCUCCCUCGAGCUACUGGGACUAAUAUUAUUGACUAUCCAAGCCCAUGAACCGGGUCUGCAGCCAUCAGGGACCAAAACACCGAAUCGCUCCCAGGCAGCGAUCCUCUACGCAGGGCUCUACGCAAUGGCCAUCGGUGUGGGAGGGGUCAAGGCGGCUCUUCCUGCUCACGGGGCCGACCAGAUAGAGCAGUCCGACCAGCGGGCCAUAUCGGCUUUCUUCAACUGGUUCUUCUUCUCGCUCUGCAACGGCGGCCUCAUCACCUCGACCGUGAUGGUGUGGGUCGAGGAGAACUUGGGCUGGAACUGGAGCUUCAGGAUCUCACUCGUGGUCUUGGGCUUGGGCCUCCUGGUCUUCGUUGGAGCCUUCCCCAUCUACAGGUACAAACUCCCUAGUGGAAGCGCAUUCACUAGGAUCUAUACGGUAUUCGCAUCGGCUUUUCAAAACUGGAAAGUGUCGCCCACCCAGGUAGCCAACAAUUACUCUUUUGUAGGAAUGAACUCACUCAGGACUGAUGGAAAGUCCAAUGAUAAAUUCAAGUUCCUGGACAAAGCACUAGUUGAUAACAAAAUAAGUGCAUCCGAUGUCGAAGAGACAAAGACAUUCAUUGGCCUCCUCCCCAUAUUUGCAAGCACAAUCAUGAUGAGCUGCUGCCUAGCCCAGCUCCAGACCUUCACGGUCCAGCAAGGUGCCAUCAUGAACCGUGACAUCCGUGGCUUCAAGAUCCCGACGCAGUCCCUGUCUGUGUUCCCCCUCUUUUUCAUGCUCGCCUCGAUCCCUCUCUAUGAGCAUUCCGUCCACCUCUUUGGUGCCAAAAGCCUCAGUAUGUUCCAGCCACUGAGGAGGAUCGGGAUUGGCCUUGCACUUGCAUCUGCCUCCAUGGCCGCAGCUGCCCUAGUCGAGUCCAGACGGCGAGCCGAGCAGCUCAGUGGGACCACCAUCUCAGUCUUCUGGCUAGUCUGGCAGUACAUGCUGCUCGGGGUCUCGGACAUGUUCACACUAGGCGGGAUGCUUGAGUUCUUCUACUCCGAGGCACCUGAUAAAAUGAGGAGCAUGUGCACGGCCCUCUCCUGGUGCUCGACCUCGAUGGGGUACUUUCUGAGCUCAGUCCUAGUAUCAGUCACUAACUCUGCGAGCGGGAGAACCGGGAAGAAAUGGCUCGGGGGGAAUGAUCUAAAUCAUAACCGUGCGGAUCUUUACUACACCCUUCUCUGCAUUCUCAACUUCAUCAAUCUCCUGAACUAUAUUUACUGGGCCAAGAAAUUCUGAUCACUUGGACUUUGGAGGGCUAAGUACAUGUCCAGUACCUUAUAACGUAAAGAGGAUGAAACGAGCAAUACUAUAAAUCGUGGCCCCGUUUCGGUUAUCUUUAUAUAUCGCUUUGCAACUGGAAGUGGCAUUCCAAAUGGUAUACAAGAACUGUCUGUGUGCCCACGCAGAUGAGAAGUUGAAGGACAAA